CUCCGCCCCACUCUCGCCACUCAGGACGCGGCACCCGGGAGGUUCCAGGAGCGACAACCAAGGACCGCUGACGAUGUCUGAGCUGGAGAAGGCCAUGGUGGCCCUCAUUGACGUCUUCCAUCAAUAUUCCGGAAGGGAAGGUGACAAGCACAAGCUGAAGAAGUCCGAACUCAAGGAGCUCAUCAACAAUGAGCUUUCCCACUUUUUAGAGGAAAUCAAAGAGCAGGAGGUUGUGGACAAAGUCAUGGAAACACUGGACAACGAUGGAGAUGGUGAAUGCGACUUCCAGGAAUUUAUGGCUUUUGUUGCCAUGGUUACCACUGCCUGCCAUGAGUUCUUUGAACACGAAUGAACGAGAGAAAGCAGCCGGGCUGUUCCUGUAGCAGAGACGGAGCUCGGGCAGGGAAGCCAAGGCAGGGCUUGCAGGGUAGUAGGGGCAGAGCUUUCCAGCUGUGUCGUAGCUAACUAGGGAGCUUGAUUUGCUUCGCAAAUGAAAAAUUGAAACCUCUUUCCAAAGGGCUGUUUUUAGUGGCCCCCAGCAUUAUUUCAGCGCUAUUAGGCAUCCGUGUUAGCUGACUGGCCCCAGGGACUCUUGGUAAUCAUCACUUAGGAAAGUCAAUCCAGUCACAGAGCAUGUGCUGUACUGGCUAUCCUGGCUGUGUAGACCCCCUAACCCAGAAAAAACAAACUGAUUACCAGAAAUGACUGGAGCAUUGUGGUUUCCGUAAGCUUCCACUACAUUUAAAAUCACAAAGCUUUGUCCAUCAUCCUUUGAAAAGGCUGCCCUUCAUUAAAUCUGCUCAUCACUGGGGCAAAUGGAACCUAAUGUGGUUGGGUGGCCUGACAGUCUGUCCCACCUACCAAAGAGCAUGGUCACAUUUAGAGCCCUUUCCUACAGGUGAGCUGAGUACUUAAUGCUAACAGUUCUAAAUGGAAAAUCUGUUUCAUAAGCCAACAAGUACUGACAUUGUAACUGUAAUCAGAACUGAGAAUCAAGCUUCUACAUUCAGUGGGGUUCUCCCGACAGGAUCACACUUUGCUGGAUCUAUGGGGCGUGGGGCAGCAGGGGCAGGGGGCUCGGGGCGGGUCUCAGCUCUGCCUCUGGAAACAGCUGUACCCAAGCACCCACGCCUCCUGUCCUGCCUAUAGAAUGAGGGUUAUGACGGAUGUGUUUGGUCUGUUGGUGAAGGUCAUUCCCGACCUGUCUGUGCGCAGACAGGGUCUGCUUGUGGCUGUUGGUGAAGCCAGGGAACUUUAUGACCUUUAUGCUUUUGUAUCCACCAAUUCAAAUAAAUCAAGUUACAAAUAUUAAGAAUUACUUCCAGGAAAAUUCAAAUUAAGCUUAUCUACUGUUUUUCUGUUUUGCUUUUUUUUAAGGACACAGACUUGGAAUCAUAAACUAAUUGGUCGCUUGUAUUUGCAUUAAAUAAAAAGCACUGUAACAAGUCUCUGUAGCCGUAAAACAUGAAAUAAAAGCUAAAUUCCUGCAAAACUGGGAAAAGGAGUAAAGUCCAAGCACCCUGGCGUCAUCAGGGCUGCAG